AUGCAGGUUCUGCUAAAGUUGAUUUCUUUUACAGUUCAUGCGAGUCUUAUUGCUCUUGUUUUACCAUUAGUCGAUUCUUUUCAAGUAGACUCGAAAAGCGCAGAAAAUCAUAGAAGCAACAGCAACAUUCAUAAGUUGAGUCCUAAGCUGCUAUAUGAGAUUAAAGUUCAUGGGUUUCUCCUCUGGGCUUCAGUGGGAUUUCUGAUGCCUGUAGGGAUACUCAUUAUCAGAAUGUCAAACAGAGAAGAAUGUGGAAGAAGGCUUAAGAUUCUGUUCUAUGUUCAUACAAUUUCACAGAUGCUAUCUAUAUUUCUUGCGACGGCAGGAGCAGUAAUGUCCAUCAAAAACUUCAACAAUUCCUUCAAUAAUAAUCACCAGAGGAUUGGGGUUGCACUCUAUGGCAUCAUAUGGUUUCAAGCCCUGAUUGGGUUUUUACGGCCACAAAGGGGAUCAAGACGAAGAAGUGUAUGGUUCUCUAUGCACUGGCUACUUGGAACGGCUAUAUCUCUGCUAGGAACCAUCAACAUAUACUCAGGAUUGCAAGCUUAUCAUCAAAAGACAUCAAAAAGUAUAAGGCUAUGGACUACAAUUUUCACUAUUGAAAUCUCUCUCGUUGCCUUCUUUUACCUGUUCCAGGAAAAAUGGGUAUAUAUACAGAAGCAAGGAGUGAUUUUGGGUGAUGAACCAAUACGACCCUCCAAUAAUGUGAUUUCUCCACAAGACAGAAAGGAAUUGGUGGCUGAGUCUUGUUAAGAAAGCAGAAGAAACUAAUGACUGAAUUUCCCUAACAAAGAAACUUUGGUUUUUUAUGUUCUUUUUUUGUAUUCUCCAUAUCCUACAUUUAGGAGAGAUUGUUGCUUGGAAUACA